GUUGUAAAUGAUUAUAAUUGAUGCAUCAUUUUAGCUGUGAUUUAUUCGAAUCAUAUUUUGUACAUUGUUUUUUCAGUGUGAAAAAAUGAACGCAUUAAUCGUACCAGCAGCCAUUAGUGGAUUCUGGUUCAUUAUCGGUUUCAUUGUACCGUUAUUCAUUCCACGUGGUCCAAACAAAGGUAUAACUAUCACAUGCUUGAUGAUAACUGCCGUCUGUUGCUGGGUUCUAUGGAUAACGACCUAUAUCGCUCAACUGAAUCCAUUAUUUGGUCCACAGGUUAAAAGUACUACAUUAACUUUGAUGCGUGAAUGGGGAUUCUGAUCAUCAUCAUUAUUAUCAUCAAAAAUCAGUCAUAUAUCAUCAAAUAGAAAUAUGAAUAUGUUGAAGAAGAAGAAAAGAAAAUUUCAUUAUCAUCACCCUCAUUUCAUUGUUACCGCUCAACCAUUCAUUUAUUCUGUUUCCAAUCAUCAUCAUCACCACCACCAUUUACUUUAAUCUAAUCAAGAGAAUUUUCGUUUUCGUUUUUUUUUUACAUUAGAAUCGAAUAAAUUUUGAUAAAUUCAUUCA